AUGGACUUCCAGAAUGAAAUCGAGAAAAAACUUCAAACCCAUCCCCUGGUCAGCAGGCUCCGCACAAAUCCGUCCUUUCAGGAGUCUCGCUACUAUAUCCACGUCCCUGCUGCCCUGCGUCCUCAUAUGUUUACUACUGGUAGCCUCCUGUUCAGGGACAAAGUUCCUGUCCCACCACUGGCCUUCUUCAGCAAAGGUGGCACAUCAUUCUUCAAUAUUCUCUACAUCGGGCCUGAUCUCUGCGGAUAUCCGGGAAUGGCUCACGGCGGUCUGUUAGCGACAAUCAUGGAUGAGGGGCUGUUAGGUUGUGCCAGCGCCGCCCUUCCAGCUCAGGUUGGGGUGACGAUACAGCUGCAGAUCGAGUAUUUGAAACCGGCACCUACUGAUUCGUUCUAUGUACUUAAAGCAAGAACAGUCAAAUUGGAGGGGAAAACUGUGUCGGUGGAGGGGAGCAUUCACACAUUGGAGGAUGGUCAGCCUGAGGAGGGUGAAGCCGUUGCUGAGGCUUAUGGAGAGUACCUCCAACCACCAUCUACUCGGAACCUGUAUCCUCCGUGUUGA